AUGAUGAAUACCCCGGAUGAGCCGCAACAUGAGGACGACAACGAGCUUCUGACGUUGGAGAUCAUCCACAGAUAUGUGGAGCUCUUGGAUAAAUACUUCGGCUCUGUGUGCGAGUUGGAUAUAAUUUUCAACUUCGAAAAGGCGUACUUCAUCCUGGACGAGUUGUUGGUGGGCGGAGAGAUUCAGGAGACGUCCAAGAAGAGUGUGCUGAAGGCAAUUGCAGCUGAGGACAUGUUGCAAGAGGAAGAAACGCCUCAGGGACUGUUGGAGGAUUACACGUUGGGCUGAGUCCGGAAGCCACGAUUUGUUCCGAUUCCACUACCACUGUACUGCCUAUCCAUGGAUUCCAUUCCUUCUCCGUAUUCUUGGCAUUCCAUCAUGAGUGAUUGAUGUGUUGAAGGCAUCUGCAAGCAAACCGGAUGCGAUUAAAAAUGCACGUUUUAGAAUCA